UCAGCAAGAAAUCUUGAUGCACAUGACAUAGACAUCAAACCGCAGUGCUUUAUGCAAGUUGUAUUCCUCCGCGCAUGCGCAGUAGCGACGCGCAGCGAAAAAUUGUCAAAAACAGUAGUGAACUGCUCACCGCGGAGUAGAGGAGACACAUCGCAGCAAUGAGUAGCAGCAAAGUAGCUUUGGUCACUGGUGGAAAUAAAGGUAUUGGGUUUGCAAUUGUGCGGGCAAUGUGCAAGGAGUACGCCGGGGACGUGUACCUGACAGCCCGGGAUGUGGGUCGAGGAAACGCAGCUGUGGAAAGUCUGAAGAAGGAGGGGCUGACACCGCUUUUCCAUCAGCUCGACAUCACUGACCCCAACAGCGUCCGCACCGCACGGGACUUCUUCAAAGAGAAGUACGGGGGCCUGGACGUGCUCAUCAACAACGCUGGGAUCGCCUUCAAAGUGGCAGAUACGACGCCCUUUGACAUCCAAGCAGAUGUGACACUGAAGACCAAUUUCUUUGCUACUAGAGACAUGUGCAAUGUCUUCUUGCCUCUUAUCAAACCAGGAGGUCGGAUAGUGAACGUCUCCAGCGUAAUGGGCUCGGUGGCUUUAAGCCGCUGCAGUCCAGAACUCCAGGCCCGUUUCCGAAGCGAUGACAUCACAGAGGAAGAACUGGUUGGGUUGAUGGAGCGAUUCGUCCGUGAAACUCAAGAAGGGGUCCACGCGGAGCGAGGUUGGCCUAGCACUGCAUAUGGGGUCUCCAAAACCGGCCUCACCACCCUGACUAGAAUCAUGGCCCGAAAUCUGUCAAAAGAGAGGCCUGGAGAUGGAAUCCUAUGCAACGCCUGCUGUCCAGGAUGGGUCCGGACUGACAUGGCUGGACCAAAUGCAACCAAGUCACCAGAUGAGGGCGCCGUCACUCCAGUGUACUUGGCUUUGCUGCCUGCAGGGGCUAAAGAGCCUCAUGGGCAGUUUGUUUCAGAGAAGAAAGUGCAGCCAUGGUGAGAGCUAGAAAGAGUUUGUGUUCAGACACACCCAGAGUGACCCUUCAGAUUUAGACAGGUUAUUUCUAGAAAGUUUUGGGCUGAACUCAGGCUGAACCUUUGACAGAAGACUUCAGGUACUUCAAAAUGUUACUAAAGGCAUUGUAAAAAUAACACAAUAAGCUUUAAUAUUUAAUAAAAGUUUUGAUGAAUAGACAAAUUGAUUAUCAUCCAGAAUCUAUAUGGUCUUAAAGAAAUAGUUCACCAAAAUUUGCAGAAAAUGCACUUAACCUCAGGUCAUCUAAGUUGUAGAUGAGUUUGUUUCUUCAUCGGAACAGAUUUGGAGAAGCUUAGCAUUACAUUAUUUGCUCUGCAGUGAAUGGGUGCCGUCAGAAUGAGAGUUUGUACAAACAUGUUAAUUGAUGGACUGGAGUCGAGUGGAGUAUUGUGAUGUUUUUAUCAGCUGUUUGGACUCUCAUUCCGACGGCACCCAUUCACUGCAGAGGAUCCAUUGGUGAGCAAGAGAUGAUAAAUGCUAAAUUUAAAUUGCUAUGUUUCAAAGAACAAACAAACUCAUGUACAUUUUGGAUAGCCUGAGAGUAAGCACAUUUAAGGAAAUAUUUUUGGGUGAACUGUUCCUUUAAGAUUGAGACGUUUAGUUUAGAACUCCAGCUUGUUUAUGUUAAAUAUCUGAAGAUGCAAAAUGCACAACUGCCACAAUUAAUACUGAAUUAUUAAUAAAUUUUACUCAGUUGAUUGUCAUCUCAACAGUCAUUAAUUAGGUUCAAAUUGUGUGUUGUAUUUAUAAAUAAUACUAAUAAAAAUGUCACUAAUCUGCAAAAGGAAAAAAACAACAACAGCAACUGUGAAUUGCAAAAAUAAAAUUCCUUGAUCUUUC